UGCCAAUAGCACAUGUGUUUUUCUACUUAAAGAGUUUCAAGGCGCAAAAUUUAUCUGGGGCUGCAGCACAAACAACCGCCAGCUUCCAUCAAAUUCACACCAACUGCAAAACUUACAGCCAAUCGUGUCCUAAAGUAAUAUGUCGUUUUGAAACAAGGUGGCAACCAUGCGCAUGCUUUUUAUGAUUUUCACAAUAGCCGAACGAAGUUUCAAGAUUCUAGAGUUGUCCAACGCCACAACGCUCCUGCUACGCCGCCAGUCCCACAACUACGGCUACGACUACAGCAGUCCCACACACAUAGAACUCAGUCGUGAGGCAACCCGCCUGGUAAUACGCCGCCUCCAACGCACCGUUCUUCGCCUGAUCCGCGAUCCUGACUUUAAUAUGUCUGCUGAGGCGAAUCCCGAUACGGAAAAGGAGCCACAAGAGUCCCCGUUCGCGGCUAAUCGCAAGGCCGGUGCCACCGCCGGCAAGCAGGACUCCAAUUGUCGCACCUGCAACGACUUUAAGUCCUGGUCCAAACAGCAACGCCUCAUCUCCAACGUGCAAAACUCCAAGGUUAAGCACAUGGCCGCAGCCGAGAAACUGACAGUAAACGCUGCUGAGAAUCCUCUGCCUCGUGAAGACUGCCCGCUGGACAAAGUACGGCUGGGCAUCUCCACCUGGGGAUUGUUGCACACUAUGGCCGCAUUCUAUUCGGACAACCCCACGGACACCGAGAAGCGAGACAUGAAGACCUUCUUUGAAGUCCUGUCGCGACUCUAUCCCUGCGAAUUCUGCGCCAAGGAUUUUCGCACCGACCUAGAUGUUAACCCCAUCAAUGUGAACUCCCAAAAGGAGUUAGCCUUGUGGCUGUGCAAGUUCCAUAACCGGGUGAACGAUAAGCUCGGCAAGCCGCUCUUCGACUGCAGGAAGGUGAACGAAAGGUGGCGCGACGGCUGGCUGGACGGCUCCUGCGACUAGGUGCCCCAGCCACAUUUCAUAUAAAAUUCCCAGGGACGUGUUGCCGAUUGCCAUGUUGACCAUACUUUCCCCCCAUAUUGGUCGACAUGCCCACCACAACCACGGAAAACGGGACACCCAUUUGGCGGCAAUCCGCCAACCAAACUGUUCCCGUACCUGGUCAGAAGCACCGUCUAUCUGUCGGAAUCUGUGAAAUCGGCGUGACAUUAAGUUGUGUUAAAAGUUGUUAAAUGCUUUGCUGGCUAUGGACCUCUCAGAGAAUACACACAUUUUUUUGAA